GGACCUGGGCGGUGCGGGGCGGAAGUGGGCGGCCGCGGGACGCGCGCGGAGUCGCGCGGCGGGCGGGACCUGGCCGAGCUGGAGGGCGCCGGGGAGCGGGGCUCGGGCGGCCCCCGAGGCCCGGCGGAGCGGGCUUCUGGGGUGUCUGCGGCGGCGCCGGGGGAACGGGCUGGGGAUGUGGCGCCUAGCCGGGCGGUGGCCGGGGCCUCGGCCAUGUUCGCGGGGCUGCAGGAUCUGGGCGUGGCCAACGGCGAGGACCUGAAGGAGACCCUGACCAACUGCACGGAGCCGCUCAAGGCCAUCGAGCAGUUCCAGACAGAGAAUGGUGUGCUGCUGCCAUCUCUUCAGUCAGCCCUCCCCUUCUUGGACCUGCACGGGACGCCGCGGCUGGAGUUCCACCAGUCGGUGUUCGAUGAGCUGCGGGACAAACUGCUGGAGCGAGUGUCAGCCAUCGCUUCGGAGGGGAAGGCUGAGGAGAGGUACAAGAAGCUGGAAGACCUUCUGGAGAAGAGCUUUUCUCUGGUGAAGAUGCCGUCCCUGCAGCCUGUGGUGAUGUGCGUCAUGAAGCACCUGCCCAAGGUUCCGGAGAAAAAACUGAAGCUAGUUAUGGCUGACAAGGAGCUGUAUCGAGCCUGCGCCGUGGAGGUGAAGCGGCAGAUCUGGCAAGACAACCAGGCCCUCUUCGGGGACGAGGUUUCCCCACUGCUGAAGCAGUACAUCCUGGAGAAGGAGAGCGCUCUCUUCAGUGCAGAGCUCUCUGUCCUGCACAACUUCUUCAGUCCUUCCCCCAAGACCAGGCGCCAGGGCGAGGUGGUGCAGCGGCUGACGCGGAUGGUGGGGAAGAACGUGAAGCUGUACGACAUGGUGCUGCAGUUUCUGCGCACGCUCUUCCUGCGCACGCGGAAUGUGCACUACUGCACGCUGCGGGCUGAGCUGCUCAUGUCCCUGCACGACCUGGACGUGGGUGAGAUCUGCACCGUGGACCCGUGCCACAAGUUCACCUGGUGCCUGGACGCCUGCAUCCGAGAGCGGUUCGUGGACAGCAAGAGGGCGCGGGAGCUGCAGGGGUUUCUCGAUGGCGUCAAGAAGGGCCAGGAGCAGGUGCUGGGGGACCUGUCCAUGAUCCUGUGUGACCCCUUCGCCAUCAACACGCUGGCACUGAGCACAGUCAGGCACCUGCAGGAGCUGGUCGGCCAGGAGACGCUGCCCAGGGACAGCCCCGACCUCCUGCUGCUGCUCCGGCUGCUGGCGCUGGGCCAGGGAGCCUGGGACAUGAUCGACAGCCAGGUCUUCAAGGAGCCCAAGAUGGAGGUAGAGCUCAUCACUAGGUUCCUCCCGAUGCUCAUGUCCUUCCUGGUGGAUGACUACACUUUCAAUGUGGAUCAGAAACUUCCGGCUGAAGAGAAAGCCCCAGUCUCAUAUCCAAACACACUUCCCGAAAGCUUCACUAAGUUUCUGCAGGAGCAGCGCAUGGCCUGCGAGGUGGGGCUGUACUACGUCCUGCACAUCACCAAGCAGAGGAACAAGAACGCGCUCCUCCGCCUGCUGCCGGGGCUGGUGGAGACCUUUGGCGACUUGGCCUUUGGCGACAUCUUCCUCCACCUGCUCACGGGCAACCUUGCGCUGCUGGCCGACGAAUUUGCCCUUGAGGACUUCUGCAGUAGCCUCUUCGAUGGCUUCUUCCUCACCGCCUCUCCAAGGAAGGAGAACGUGCACCGGCACGCGCUGCGGCUCCUCAUUCACCUGCACCCCAGGGUGGCCCCGUCUAAGCUGGAGGCGUUGCAGAAGGCCCUGGAGCCUACAGGCCAGAGCGGAGAGGCAGUGAAGGAGCUUUACUCCCAGCUCGGCGAGAAGCUGGAACAGCUGGACCACCGGAAGCCCAGCCCGGCACAGGCUGCGGAGACGCCGGCCCUGGAGCUGCCCCUCCCCAGCGUGCCCGCCCCUGCCCCGCUCUGAGGGCCCUCCAGACCUGCUCAGGUGCCGGGGCCAUGCCGAGUCGCGGCCCUGCUCAGCCGGAAGAGGCUCCCGGACCUGGAUGUACAGGGCAGUCUCUCCUCCCGGGGCUGUGGCUGGGCCUGUCCUGCCGUCAUGGCCCCCUGCUUCCUGCUCCUUGGAGCUGGCUCCCGGACCUUGCCCGCCAUCCACGCAGUGGCUCCGAGGGCAGAGCCUCUCCUUGUACUUCGGCAGCCAUAGAAAGCGUGCUCAUUUUCUGUUUUCCUGUGUUAGGAAAAAACCACCUGUUUUCCAAGGGGAGAGGGCGGGGCCUGAGGGUGGGGGCGGGGCCUCUUCCUUGGCCCAGCUUGGCGAAAGCGAGGCACACUGCUUACUGCCUUGGGGUUGUGGAGAUGGACCCGUGACCUCGUGGAAGCCGUGUGGGGGCGGCAGCCUGGCCUGUGCCAUGGUGGGUGUCCUGGGGCCUGUGCGGAGGGAGCCACCUCACCCUGCAGCCCAGGUCGCAGGUGUGGCCUUGUUUCUCCUUGCCCAGCAGUGCUGCCUUCAGCGGCCGUGACGGGGCCAGCUGCACACACGGUGAGAUUUUCUCGUAUGUAAAUAAAAGGCAUUUUGGUAAA